CCCCAACAUACCUGCGUAGGACGGACAGGUGCAUUGAGCAUUGCCCGUUUUCUGACUUUUUUGGCGAAUUUUUCGACUUCGGAUCGUCGCGUUUUGACUAGUGACGAUCGAACAGGUGUUUCUCCAAGAUGGCGGAUCAGCCACCGGACGGAUUCAGAGAAGAAAUCCGUGAAGAGUUUCUGACGUGCAGUAUCUGUAUGGAGGUGUACACCCGUCCCAAGAUGCUGCCGUGCGUUCACACCUUCUGUCAGCGAUGUCUGGAAGGAUACGCCGCCGGAAAACCCUCCAUAGCUUGCCCAACUUGCCGCCGAGAGGUUGUGCUACCGUCGGGCGGCGUCCAAAAUCUCACCGAUAACUUCUACAUCGCAAGUUUGUGCGCCAAAGUUUCCAGUCCUGCUUCCCACGAAACUCAUCAGACCACAGGACAGACGCCUGCCCCUCAGGCGGAGAACCCGUGUUCGAAUCACCCUGGCAACCAGGUUCGGUCGUUCUGUAGAACAUGUCAGAUCGCUACAUGUGCCGAAUGCGCAGACCACCACCCCGGGCAUGCUAUGGACGAUAUUGAAACAGUUCUGACAGAGAAACGUGGACAAAUCGGACAAACCUUAGAACACGCAAAAGGCAGGAUCCACAAGCUGUACGGUUUUCUAGACGAGCUUGACCAGGCCGACUCUCAGGCGGAGCGGAGUUUCCAGUCGGCUGAAAGCUUGGUGCACCAGACGAGCAGGAGACUGGUGGAGGAGGUAUGCAGACAACAGGAGGGGGUAGUGGCUGACCUGAGAGCGCGGGCCGCGGCCAGGAGGGCCGAACUCACGCAGCAGAGGGAACGGGUCCAGAAGACGAUGUCGGACCUCAUAGUCGCCUGUCGUCGUGCCGAGGAAGACAUGCGGACAACCGACAUCCAGGCGAUGUCCACACGACAACACGACCUCACGGAGAUCGUCACAAGCCAAGGGGCGACCGAUCUCAACCUCAGCGGACAGGAAGUCGAGUUUAAACCCUGCUCAGACGCCGUUUCUAUCGGCCAACUUGGUGUGAAAGACUCUGGCGGGACGUUAACGUUACCCCAGUCUCCGACUAGGCCACAGGCACAGCAAGCGGCUACCGUCCAGGCUAACAUAACCAUUGGCGGCUUGAAGGGGAGGGGGGCCGGACAGUUUGACUUUCCCACCGACGUCGCUGUGACGAACUUCCACAUUUUUGUACUCGACAAGGGAAACAACAGAGUACAGGUUUUGGACAAGAGAGGAAGCUUCGUCCGCGCUUUCGAAACAGGGAACGAAUUCUCCAAACCUCAAGGCAUCGCCGUGAACCCUAGCGGACAGGUAGUCGUGACCGAUCUAGGAAACGGUACAGUGAAGAUAUUUUCCCAAGAAGGCGAGCUCUUGGAGUACUUCGGAGAAGGUUUCGCCAAACCGUGCGGCAUCAGCAUACACCCAUGGACCGGGGUGGUCGCCAUUUCGGACAUACAGAAAGAAAGAGUCACCUUACAUCGCCCGGAUGGUAGCUUGCUACUGACGCUAAACUCCAGAGGAGAGGGGAACAAGUCGUUCAAAAAGCCUGCGUAUGUCGGUACGCUGAAUUCCGGCGGUGUGCUGAUUUCAGACAACGCUACUCAGUCCCUGAAGUUGUACAGCCGGGCAGGGGAGUUUGUGCGAGCGGUAGGGAAGACUACCGAGAGAGUAGACGGGAGCGGACAGCUUCGCUACCCGAGGGGAAUCAUCGUGGACAACGAUGACAACAUCAUCGUGGCGGAUGCUGAUAACGGUACGGUGGACGUGUUCGACUCGAACGGCAAGUUCCUACUGCACACGGCUAACAAGGCGGACGGACUGAAGCGGCCCACCGGCCUGGCCCUGCUGGGAGACCGCAGGCUUGUUGUGACGGACACGGCCACUCACAGCGUGCUCAUACUCAACAUGGCGGACAAGGAUAUCCUGCCGAGAGACGCAGGCGGGACAGACUCGCCUAGCAAAGUCUGCAGUGUGAUGUAG